UUGGCAACAGCUUUAUAACGACUCUUUCCAAAGCAUUGAGCUUUCGCUUUUUUGCAAUAGAUGGCGCUCGUGCAAGUAACAGACGCCGAGAGCUUUCGCAGCUUGACUUGUCAUUUGGCGAAGACUUUUGCUAUUUGGGGAAAACGUACGUAUUCCGGCUGACAGUUUGUAUCGAUGCAGUUUGUUUAUAUCGGUGAAACCCAAUUGCUUUAUUUUCAACCGCUCUGUCUCUCCACCCAUCGCCACAGGCAGCAGGGGAAAAACAUGUCACAGAUCGCGCGUCACGCGAUCAGAAGUCAGAUGAAUGGCGCUGGCCUUGGCUACGGCGGCUGGUGGUUGCGGAUGGAGCGUACUUUCCGCACCACGACAUGUUCCGUCAAAUUUCGCACUACCGGUGCUGCUGUUACUACUACAACCGAGAACCUGCAGAUGCACGGACGUCGCCGGUACAGCAGUGCGACGAAACAAUAUGGAUCCGACGGAGGCGAAUCGGCGCGAUCUGUAACCACCACUACAGAGCCACCUCCGUCAGCUAAGAUGGCCGCUUCUUCCAGCUGCCGAAGCGUACGGGAUAAUGUGAUAAGCGCUCGUGAAAAGAUCUUAUCAAACACGGUCCUAUCGCGACAGCACAUGACACCGGAAAUCGCCCUGCACCUUAUAACACCCGAUUGCGCCAUCUACCAUCAGCCUGUAGGCGCCGGCGACAUUGGCGCUCAUACCGGUUUCUCCGCGGAUCCGUUUUGGGGGUUUUUCUGGCCCGGAGGUCAAGCACUAACAAGGUUUAUUCUUGACACGGGCCACGUUUUCCACGGGAAGUCGGUGCUGGAUGUGGGCUGUGGCUGUGGGGCUUCCGCGAUUGCUGCUCUGAUGGUCGGGGCGAGGCAUGUUACGGCAAACGACAUCGACCCAGUUGCUUUGCAGGCCACGUUACUGAACGCUGAGCUGAAUGGGAUCACGAGUAAUCGCUUGGCGGUGAGCGACGAUAACUUUAUCAGCAAUGGCGCCGACUCCGAAACAACCAACACGUACGAAGUGGUGUUAAUAGGCGACCUGUUUUACGAUACAGAGAUAGCAGCUGAUCUUCACCCAUGGAUACAACGGUUGGCACGCGCCGGAACAGAGAUUUUCGUUGGUGAUCCCGGACGACACGGUAUUACCGAAACGGGAGUACUACGCAAUAUGAAACUGCGCAGCCGGUACAAACUACCUGCAAAUGUUUGCCUGGAAAAUAGUGGCUUUUCCUACGCUAAUGUUUGGCAGUUCCAUUUACCCAAGGAUGGCGAGUAAUGGGAAAACGUUUUGGUUUUACCCGCAGGGGAUUAGGCAAGGUUGUGGAAUGUCCAUCAGAAGGGAUACGAUUGGCCAUGAAGAGCAUCGACAGGCGUCAAGGAAGGUGCACCAGAAGUAUCGUGUGUAAAAUGGC